AACAAUUUCACAUUUUCGUUGGUGAUCUAAGUUCAGAAAUUGAAACUCAACAGUUACGUGAAGCUUUUACACCAUUUGGAGAAAUAUCCGAUUGUCGUGUUGUACGCGAUCCUCAAACCUUAAAAUCAAAGGGUUAUGGUUUUGUAUCCUUUGUCAAAAAAUCGGAAGCUGAAAGUGCCAUAACGGCCAUGAACGGACAAUGGCUGGGCUCACGUUCAAUUAGAACAAAUUGGGCUACCAGAAAACCGCCCGCGAGUAAAGAAAACAUUAAACCCUUGACCUUUGACGAAGUCUACAAUCAAAGCAGCCCCUCAAAUUGCACCGUCUAUGUGGGUGGUGUUAACAGUUCUCUAACAGCAUUGAGUGAGGAAAUUUUACAAAAGACUUUUUCACCUUAUGGAUCAAUACAAGAAAUAAGAGUUUUCAAAGAUAAAGGCUAUGCGUUUGUUAGAUUCUCCACCAAAGAAGCUGCUACUCAUGCCAUUGUUGGUGUUCAUAAUACUGAAAUCAAUGCCCAGCCCGUUAAAUGUUCGUGGGGCAAGGAAAGCGGUGAUCCUAAUAAUGCCCAAACUAUUGCCAGUCAAGCUCUGAAUCCUGCUGCUGCUGGAUUUCCUUAUGGCGUGGGUGCUGCUGCUGCCGCCGCUGCGGCUUAUGGUCAACAACUAGCUGCUACGGGUUGUUGGUAUUCUCCCACACCCACGUAUCCUGCUUCAUCGGCCACAGCUGCUGUAACGCCUGCUGCUUCGGCUGCGGUACAAAAUCAAUUUCUGCAAGGUAUCCAGGGUUAUCAUUUUGGACAGUAUGGUGGCUAUCAGCAGGGUUAUAUGGGCAUGGGCGUACAAAUUCCAGCUACUUGGCAAGGUGUUGCUACACAAGCACAAAUAUCUCCUGCUCAACAAUUGGCGACGGCGGGUGUUGCCGGUGCUGCCAUACCACAGGCAGCCGGUGUAGUUGCUUAUCCCAUACAACAAUUUCAAGUUAGCCCACAGUUACCAGAAGAUGAAUGGUUAGCAGCAAAUUUAUUAUGUUAGUUUUAAAUAAAGAUUUUUAAAGUUAAACAAUAAAACACAGACAGACAGACAUACAAAUAAUAUAAAAACAUAUAUACAUAUAUAUAUUUAAAAGAUAGCAAAAAAACAACAAAGAAUUAA